AUGGCACCAGCUAUUCACUCGGAUCAGAGCUACGGCCACGAGGUCUCCGUCGCGACCCCUCACAAAACUCCCGUCAAGGGCAACAAGCCCUACAAUCCGCAAUGGGGCUUCUCCACCCAGCAGCUGCACGCUGGUCAGAGGCGGGGCGAUCCGACGACCAAUGCCAAGGCAGUUCCCAUCUACCUCACCUCCAGCUUCAUCUUUGACACGCAAGCUUCCGGCGCUGACCUGUUCGACAUUGGCAAAUCCGGAGGCGCGGGGUCCAACAUCUACUCACGGAUUGGCAACCCGACUUGCGAAGUAUUUGAAGAGAGGAUCGCCAUGCUGGAAGGUGGUUCAGCGGCCGUUUCGACAUCGAGCGGCCAGUCGGCGCAAUUUAUGGCGAUUUCGACGAUUUGCGAGUCGGGCGACAACAUCGUCACUACGCCAUACCUAUACGGUGGUACGCACAAUCAGCUCAAGGUGCGUAGUAGCGAGCCGUCGCGCGGAGACGGGCGCUGAAAACUUUUUUUUCUUUUUUUUUUCUUUUUUUUGCCCUCAGGUGCUGCUGUCACGCUUUGGCAUCGAGGCGCGCUUUGCAGCAUCGGACAAGCCUGCGGAUCUGGAGAAGCUGAUCGACGAAAAGACCAAGGCAGUGUACAUCGAAUCCAUCUCUAACCCUCGAUGGAACGUUCCCGAUAUUCCAGCGAUUGCGCGACUGGCAAAGAGCUACGGCAUCGUCACCAUAUGCGACAAUACGUUUGGAGCUGGAGGCUAUCUGUGCAAGCCCAUCGAUUUGGGCGUCGAUAUUGUCGUCGAGAGCGCGACCAAGUGGAUUGGCGGGCACGGUACCGUCAUUGCUGGUGUCGUCAUCGAUGGAGGUCGCUUCGACUGGGGAGCCAGCAAGAGAUAUCCGUCCAUGACGGAGCCGUUGGAGGGUACGCACGGAGGUGGAAACUGGCUGGGCGCAUCGCUCAUCGGCAAACGCUUCUGGGAAGUCUUUGGCAACAAGAGCUUUGCGAUGCGUCUCCGAUUCGAGAUCUUGAAAGACAUGGGAGCGUGCCUGUCGCCAUUCAACGCUUUCAUGUGCUUGCAAGGUCUCGAGACCCUCUCUUUGCGGGUGCAGCGAACCGUCGAUAACGCGCUGGCUUUGGCGCAGUGGUUGGAAUCCCAUCCAAAGUGCGCCUGGGUAUCCUACCCGGGCUUGCAGUCGCACGAAUCGCACGAGAGGGCCAAGGAGUUGCUGCACAAUGGAUUUGGAGGGGUGUUGUCGCUGGGCGUACGCGGAGACGGAGGCAAAUUUACAGAAGCUCUGCAGUUGGCUUCGCACCUGGCAAACGUGGGCGAUGCGCGGACAUUGGUGAUUCAUCCAGCCAGCACCACGCACGCAGCCCUAGGCGACGAGGAACUCCAGGUGGCGGGCAUCGGCAAGGACAUGCUGCGUGUCAGCGUCGGCAUCGAAGAUUUGCGGGAUAUCGUGGAUGAUUUUCGGUGCGCCUUUGAAGCCAUCUAG